UUAACAAUCCCUCACGAUUGGCCAACAAUCAUGAUGUCAUUGAUGUCACCAUCCAAUUCAACCAAUCAUUUUCUUCUCUCUGAUGGAGACUGGCCAAUCAGGAGUUUCCGCGCAUUCGCGCCCUUGCUACUCGUGAAGUCUCGAGGAAGGGAAAAAGUCUAACCGGGCGGUCAAUUGCAGGUUUUUACCGAAACAAAUUUAAUUUGCUAUCUAAGCCGGAGAAAAAGAAGAGUGUUUAGUGAAUCGUCAUUCAAAACCGUGUAGUGACCCAACGGUGUUUCUAUACCGCAAUGGCAAGUGGCGGGCCAGUUUUGGACAGUCUUGAGGAGUUUGACUCGUCAGACUCCGGUAGCAUUUAUGAACCGCAGAUAAAUGCCAGAAAGAAGAAACAGAAAACAACAUCUGGGCCACAGCCCAAAAAAUCCAGGCGUAAUGCUACAGCGAGGGGGACGCCCAGCGUCAGCAGCAGCACAAACCCCAGCCCUGGAGAGCCAUCCCCCCAGGGGCAGGCACAUUACCAGGCCAGAUCCAGAUCUAUACCUGAGAGAAACACAAAUGAAAGGAACCAAGGGAUCAGUGCAAAGGAGAUCUAUGAUGCUAUCUGCUCUGGAAAGGCAGCCAUAGUGACAGUGGUGGACGAGUGGCUGGACAGCUACAAGCAGAGCAGAGAGGGGGGGCUGCUGGUCCUCAUCAACUUCAUUGUUCAGUCCUGCGGAUGCAAAGGUGUGGUCACUAGAGAGAUGUUUGACAGCAUGCAGAAUGCUGAGAUCAUCAGCACUCUUACAAAGGAGUUCAAUGAGACUUCGGGGAACUACCCUCUCAGCACUCCAGGCCCUCAGAUGAAGCAUUUCAAAGCCGGUCUCUCAGAGUUUUCCCGGGUCCUUAUGCGCUCCUGUCGUAACAGCAUCAUUUAUGACGAGUACAUCUUCCCUUCCCUGCUGGCUCUGCUCACCGGGCUGUCGGACUCCCAGGUCCGGGCCUUCAGGCACACCAGCACGCUCCUAGCUUUGAAGGUGAUGACGGGGCUGGUGGAGGUGGCUGUCACAGUCUCCGUUCAGCUGCAAACCACCCAGCGGCAAAUCGACACGGAAAAGAGCAAGAACCCUCAAAUCCGAGCCUCGGACAAACUGGAGGAGCUGCACGCCACCAUCAGUGAGCUGAAAGAGAACAGAGAAGAAGUGUGCUCCAUGAUGAACGCCACCUUUCGUGGCGUGUUUGUGCACCGGUAUCGAGACCUGCUGCCUGACAUCAGAGCCAUCUGCAUCGAAGAGCUGGGAGUUUGGCUGAACAAAGACCCGGAGGACUUUCUCAAUGAUGGAUGUCUGAAGUAUUUGGGUUGGACCCUGUUUGAUAAGCAAAGUGCAGUGCGUCUGCAGUGUGUGCGCGCCCUGCAGGGUCUGUACAAGGAGAAGGAGUUCAUUGGUCGCCUGGAGCUUUUCACCAGCAGAUUCAAAGAAAGGAUGCUGUCUAUGGUGCUGGACAAAGAGCCAGAUGUGGCUGUGGAAGCGGUGAAUCUGCUGCUGCUGAUUCAACUAAUGACUGAGGAAGGCUUAAGCGAGGAGGAGUGUGGUCGCAUCUACCCCUUAGUAUACGCUGCUCACCGGGGCCUGGCGUCUGCUGGGGGGGCUUUCCUCUACAACAAGUUUCAAAGCCUGAUUGCCCAAGAGAACAACAACAACAACGCUGCCUUUUUUCACGUCCUCAUCGCCUUCUACACCCAGAAUGAGUUCCAUGAGCAUGGGGCAUACCUGGUGGACAGCCUGUGGAGCGUGGCAGGAUCCGAGCUGAGGGACUGGGAAACUAUGAGCGCUUUGCUGCUGCAGGAUGCUGGUCUGAUGUAUGAGGAGGAGGGGGUGCUCUUAGAGCUCAUGAUGUGUGCAGUCAGACAGGCAGCGCAGGGAACCCCACCUGUAGGGAGAAGUCACGCUAGAAAGAUUGCGAGUAUGAAAGAAAAGAAGGUCCAAGAGCAGGACAGGAGUCGCAUCACAACACACUUCAUCCCCAUUCUGCCACAGCUGCUCGCCAAGUACUCGGCAGAUGCUAAGAAGGUCAGCCUCCUUCUCAAAGCGCCUCUUUACUUUGAUCUGGAGAUGUACAGCAGCACUCAGUGGCUGAAAAAGUAUCUAGACCUGCUGCUGUCCCAGGUGUGUGGCGUAGUGGAGAAGCACACUGACAGCACCGUGCUGCAGGCUUGUGCCCAGCUGGCCAACACCCUGUGCUCAGAAAACUACACCUUCUCUUCCCGGGCACAUCUGGCUUUCAGCCAGCUCCUGGACGACCUGGUGGAAUGUUUCAACUCAUAUUUCGCCGAAAUAUUGCAGGGUGGAGCAGAUAAGGACGACACGUACUCUGCAGCCACAGCCUUGAAGAAGAUUGCUGUUUUUAGCAGCGCCAAGGACCCGACGGGCUGGAAGCUGUUUGACUCCUGUCUGCAGCUGCUGAAUAGUCGGCUGGAGUCUCUGGAUCUCCACACGGAGCUGACGGUGUCGGCUCUGAAGUGUGCAGGCUUUCACCUGAUGUGGGCCAAAGUGAACGUGGACAAGUCCAAGCCAAAAGCGGCGGAACUGAAGCAUCUGAAAAAAGACAUGAACACGUUCUGCAGAAUCUGUCAGAGGUGUUUGUCUGUGGACAAGACAAGGAUCAGAGAUGAGGCAUUUGAGCUGCUGUGUGACCUGCUGCUGUUGUACAGCCAGGCUUCAGUCCGUUCAGAACCUGCGCUCCAGCCGCUGGUCCACCUGCCGUCUGUGUCUCUGUGCUCCGAGUUGGCGUCGUUCCUGCUGGACCACGUCUUCACUGAGGAGGAAGACGCUGAGCUCUGCGAUGAACGUGAGGAAGAGAUAAAGAUGACUCUCUUUCAGAAGAGGCGCAGGCAGCUCGCCGGCUACUGUAAGCUAGUUCUGUACGGAGUCCUGGACCUGUCUGCUGCCACCAACGUCUUCAAGCACUACAGCAAGUUUUUUAAAGACUUUGGUGACAUCAUCAAAGAGACGGUGAGCAAGAGCAGGCUCAUCAACCCCGUGCAGAGCGCCAAGACGUUCUGCCUGUGCCUGCAGCAGCUCUUCUCAGAGAUGCUCACAGACGACCCCAGCCAGCAGGAUCCCACUGAGAUUCGAGACUUGGCGAAGAAGCUCGCCAUGACCUUCGGCAUUGACCUCCAUCGCAUCCGUAAACCGCUGGUCGCCCUGCACCUGGAUGGCAUAAAGUUUGCGUUUCGAGUCCCAGAGGAUGGGAGCAAGCAGCUUCCAAAUGCAGACUUCUUGGAAAUCCUCAGCGAGUUCAGCUUCAAGCUGCUUCAGCAGGAUCGAGUUGUCAUAUCUGGGUUUCUGAAGUCUGAGUGUCCCGCUGCUGCCCUCUGCUGGCCAUCCGUUAAACACUAUGAGUGUUCGCUGGCGUCCCGCUCAGCUGCCAGGCUUAAAGAGCAGGAAGUGGCCGCCGGUGCCGUUUCCCAACAUGAUACCCCUCAACCCAAACGCAGGAGGACCACUGCUGGGGGUUCAACAUCCAGCACAACCAAAGGGCCGUGGUUGGAGAGCAGCAGCAUCCACAGCCGCAUGAACACUCCUGUGCUCACCUCCACUGUCCAAAAACGGGCAGCACCGCCGCCGCCACCCACACAGGUCAGAGCAGCAGAGUCGGACGCCGGCAGUGGAUUGGCUGAGGUGGAGUCAGAAGACGAGUUCUCCUCAGGGAUGCUGAUGCGAAAGGUGAAUCCCACAAAACGGGGUCGUCUGAAUUCCGCCCAGACCGCAGCUGCUCGGGAUAAAGAGGAUGUGGCGUCCCACCUGACUUUGCUUUCUCUGAUUGAAGAUGACAUCUCAGAAAGAGAAGAGGGUGAAGAUGAACCGGAGAUUGAAGAUUCUGACAAUGAAUCACAGUCUUCUUACACACUGCCUUCUACAAGGCACACCUCCGUCAGCGUCCUGGAUGAGCUCUUUGACUGAAAUCUUUCGGGGAUCCUCCAGCCAGAUCUUCUGGAGCUUCAGGAGUAAAAAGUACUUAAAAAAAAGGUUUCUUUUUCUGUUUGAGAGCUGUUGCCCUUUGUAACUUUGUUUAUAAAUAUUUUUGUUUGUUGUAAAAGAUGAAAUAUUUUUGAAAAGUUGAAAUGUUUAUAUUUUAUUGGAAGUAAUGUUCGAAACCUGUCAGCUUUUUUAUAAACUGAAAGUGCAAGGACUUCUUAGUAUGUUGUAUUGUUGGCAACAUGUGUUUUGUUAAACAGUUUUGUUUAUUUUUUUAAGACUCUUAUUCAAAAGUGUUGUGUUUGGUGUUUCAUCAUUUUUGAUUUUGU